AUGGAUCAGAAUCCAUCGCAAACCCCGACCGGCUUGCACCGUUCCUCCGUCACCGCCAGCUCCCUUCCUCCCGAAUACUGGAAUACCCUCGAUUCACUGUAUCCCGCACCGGAUCUCCAGCAACAACAACAGCCGCAACUUCCGCAACAGUCACAGCUGCCACAGCAACCGAGUGCUUCACAGCAGCCACUGGGGAUCAGCUGGGAUCAUCCGAUUUUCCACCAGCAGCAACCGCAGCCACGAAACCAGAUCCCGCGCCACCAGGAGCAGAAUCAUGGAAUCUACUCGUCAACACCCCAGUCAUGGCAACCCAAUCCCCUAUAUCAACCAAUAAUGCCAUCAUCCAAACCGCAGGGACUUGGCGUACAGCCGCAAUAUUCUCAAGUCCACCAAUUUCCUCAGUCACAGCUUGCUUUCGAUUCGCAAUCGAUUCCGUCAGAUAGCACGACUUUCGACGCCAUCCCAUUCCCACAAGACUUCUUUCCUCCGCAACGCCUCUCCGUGCCUGAUAUUUCGACACAGCCGUCCUCACAGCGAGCGACUCCUUCGCAGCCUACACCCCCCGCUCCAUACCAGUCAAAUGCGCAACAGAAUCCCAUCAACCAAUACUCUAUCCCUCCGGGGUUCCCUGAAGAAGCUUCGCAUACCUCGAUUAAUUUCCCGAAUGGAUUCUCUGAUCCUGCCACGAACCAGCAGACGAUCAACCCUCUAUUUCUUAACACUCCUCACCAAUCUGGGAAUCAACAGCACGCACCCAUCAACGAGAACUUCCUUUAUCUAAGUCCGGCGGAUUUUGAACGGUCUAGCAAUUCGAAACCAUUCAAUUAUUACCGGAACGACUUGCAAGCGCCGCCCUCGAACCAACAUGCCAUGGGUAACCAAUCUAUCGCAGCUAAAUUUCCAAAGGUGGAGGUAGUUAUCAAUAACGCGCGAGCCCCAGCAGGCAAGAAACUACUGGCCCCUCAGAACAAAACCGCGGCUCAGAAGCAAGCGAAGACUCAGGCCAAACGAGCUGGGAAACAAGCAGGUGACGGGUCAUCCUCCGGUUCUGAUAGUGAUUCCAGUAUUGAGAUUCAACUCCCCCCCGAAGAACCCUCUCCUAUCCCAUCAACUCGUCCCAGCGAGCCGCUUGCUGCUGCACGAUAUGAUGCCCUUUGGGCUGUCUGGUCACCACGUAACAGACGACCCAACUCCGAGAAAGUCAAGAAUGCGCUGGUCGCAUUUAAGAACGUUGUCAAGGCUGUAAGAGAUACGUGGAAAGACCGUUCUCAAGCCAUGAAGACGGCCGAGAAUCAGGGUGAAAACGACAAGGCAAUUCGACUCAAAAACGAAGUUGUCCUCCAACGGCGCCUCAUGGAUGUGGUUGUCAGUACCACUCUGGAAAUGGGCCAUCCGAUGAUUGUUGAGAAGUUGGGUGAACACCCCAUGGCCGUCUCUGCCAUGUAUUCGUUCCUGCUGGACCGUCAUCAAGCUGCCGAUGUUGACGGAGCAUUGACGGUCAACAUUCUAAAGUUACUUUCUCAUUUUGUCACGGUGGAUGAGGACGUGCUUCAGAAAACCAACGUUGCCAAAUUGCUCCCCAGGUUCUCAAAGAAGGGUGGUCAAAGCGUCAAGGAUCUUACAAAGAGAAUUCUAGACAACGCUGCUUCAUCCACGAAGCGCAAACAAGGAUCUAAGGAAGAGUCGCCCAGCAAAAAUACUACUCCCGAUGCUACAGCCACCAAUGGGUCUCGUGUCGAAGCGGCUGGUUCGAAGCGUCCUCGAGACGGUGAGAGCAGAGAGGGGAGUGUACAACCUGCUGCUAAACGGAUGGUCGUCACCUCGAAUACCAAGAAUCCCUCGAAACCUGGAAGUACCGGUAUCGCCAAUAGUGCCACGGCCAAGCGUCCACAGGAGACAGGGCAAGACGCCAAAGCAACGACUGCAACCGCUGCACGUCCCAAGGCCAACAUCAUUGCUCCCAAGCCAACCAAUCUCUUUGGAAGUUUGAGCUCUGCUAAGAAAAGACCCGGGACUUCGAAUGCAGAGAGAGCCGCAGCAGCCGCGAAGUCGAAUGUCCCUGAGAAGAAGAGAGAAGCGGCCCCACCACCUCCCAAGCCGGCAUUCUCACUUGGCGAUAUCAUGGCAGAUCUUGACAAGCCGAAAGAUCCCGGUCCUGUUGAGCCUACUGAGGAUAAGCCUCCCGAGACUGAAGAGGAGCGGAAGAAGAGGCUCCGGAAGGAAGGUCGCCGUAGGCUGCGUGUUAGUUGGAAGCCUGAUCAUUCCUUGACUGAAGUCCGCCUCUUCACACAUGACCCUGAAGAGGAGCUUGGUCCUGGUGAUCGUCGACAGCGGCAAGCUGGCGAUGUGAAAGGCGAAGGUCGCAUUCUUAAGUUGCACAAAGACCUAGAUGAACUGGGCGAAGAAGAUGAAGGUGGCAUCAAGGAGGAGAAUCUGCUUGGCUACCACGAGCUAUCUGAAAUUGAUAAUGCCGAUAUUACACCGGAUGAUCGUGCCAGGAACUACAACAAGCGUGGGGGUACUCAAGAGCCAAUUAGCCCAGAGAAGCAAGCUCAAGAGCACCGGGAGGCUACUACGCUUAUGGUGUUCUACACCUCGCUUGCUGACAUACCGCCAUCACCGAAAGAGCCACCUCCGCCCAGUGAGGAUGAGAUCGUCCCCGAUGUGCAGAUUCUUGGUGAACUGCCCGACCACGUCAAGGCUCGACAAGAACGGUACUUCGCCUAUGUCAACCCGAAACCGGCACCCGCUACGCAACCGGCUGCACCAACGAACCAGUUCGAUAUCUCCAACCUGCUGAAGAUCAUCCAAAGUGCAACCCAGCAGCAACAACCGCAACCACCGGCCCAACCUCUUCCCACACAGCAGCCAGUCUCGCAGGUGCCUGCAUCUGACCUUGAGCGGACAGUGAACAUGUUCCGCCAGCAACAAGCGCCGGCACCGCUGCCUCAAAUGCCCCAGUUCCCUAUGCCUCAGCCCCCAGUCACGCAAGGCAUGGACUUUGGGAAUAUUUUCUCCAUCAUGAAUGCUCAAAAUCAGAUGCAGCCGCCGUCUGUCUUCCCACCAGCUCCACAGUCGCAGCCUGGAAUUGCUCCGAACCUUGCCGCCAUUAUAUCCCAGCUUAACAACCAAAACCAAGCGGGCAACCCGUCGAGCCAGGUUUACGAAGAUCCGGAGCGCAAACGCAUGCGUGAGACUAGCGGGUUUGACGGCGCUGGUGAUGAUAAAUUCAACCCGGCCAAACGGAAUCGACCUAAUGGGCCGCAUAAGAAGCACCCCAAGGUUGGAAUAGUUCCGUGUCGAUAUUGGAAAGAGGGCAAGUGCCUAAAGGGCGACGAUUGCACAUUCCGCCAUGAUCCUCUCACCUAG